GCAGAGGCGGUGGGGGAGUGCCUGGGGGAGACGCCUGAGGCUGGACCCUGUGACUGAGCCCGGCACCUGAGCUAGUGGCCCUGGGUACUCACUGUCUGUGACCCGUGGCUCUCUCCACAGCUCUCAGCCCGCUCUGUGUCCGGAUGCUCGGCCUGCGCUCCGAUGUGGGUUCAGCCAUGCAGGCACGAGGCGUCCAUCGGAGCCUGGCCAGAGAGGGCCCCAGCAGUGUGUCCUGUGCUCAGCACCCAGCCUGCUGUGUCCAAGGCCAGAGCCAUGGUUCCUAAACCCACCGAGCUUCCCAGGAGCCGCGGCGAGUUUGUGGUGACCAAGCUGGACGACCUCAUCAACUGGGCCCGCCGAAGCUCGCUGUGGCCCAUGACCUUCGGCCUAGCCUGCUGCGCAGUGGAGAUGAUGCACAUGGCUGCACCCCGCUACGACAUGGACCGCUUUGGUGUUGUCUUCCGCGCCAGCCCCCGUCAGGCCGACGUGAUGAUCGUGGCUGGCACGCUCACCAACAAGAUGGCCCCAGCACUCCGCAAGGUGUAUGACCAGAUGCCAGAGCCCCGCUACGUGGUGUCCAUGGGGAGCUGCGCCAACGGAGGCGGCUACUACCACUACUCCUACUCCGUGGUGAGAGGCUGUGACCGAAUCGUGCCCGUGGACAUUUAUGUGCCAGGCUGCCCGCCCACAGCGGAGGCCCUGCUGUACGGCAUCCUGCAGCUUCAGAGGAAGAUCAAACGGGAGAAGAGACUCAAGAUCUGGUACCGCAGGUAGCGCCUCUGCGGCCACUGGAGCCCUGUGCACCCUGCCCCCAAGACGGAAUAAACUUCAGUCCUCGUGC